CACAUAUAUGAUAUCCACACACUGACACGCAGUUUCAGACCGGCGCCCAUCGCGUUGGGGUCCCUGGUGCUCGGCAUGGGCGGCGGUGGUGGAGGCGGCGUCGGGCUGGUCGCCGCCGCCCUCGCCGCGGUGGCGGCCACGUGGCUGUGGGCGGCGCUGGUGCGCCUGGUGUGGCGGCCGUACGCCGCCGCGAGGGCGUUCGCACGGCAGGGCAUCCGCGGGCUGCCGUACCGGCCCUUCGACGGCCACGGCAAGGAGGUCAAGGCGAUGCUGGCGGCGGCGAGCGGCGAGACGCUGGACCGCGGCUCCCACGACUUCAUCCCCCGGGUCAUGCCGCACUACCGCGCCUGGAUGUCGCUCUACGGCAAGGUGUUCAUGUCGUGGUCCGGCUCGACUCCGUCGCUGUGCGUGGGGAAAUUCGAGAUGGUGAAGCGGAUCCUCUCCGACCGGACGGGGCUGUACGCGAAGGUGGAACCCGGCCCCGUCAUACUGGCGCUGCUGGGCAAGGGCCUCGUCUUGGCGGGUGGCGAGGACUGGGUGCGCCACCGCCGCGUCGUGCACCCGGCGUUCGCCAUGGACAAGCUCAAGAUGAUGACGGGGGCGAUGGCAGCGUGCGCGGAGGAGGUGAUCCAGGCGUGGGAGGUGCGCGCCGCCGCCGCGGCGGGCGGCGAGGUGACGGUGGAGGUGGGGCAGCAGUUCGCGGAGCUCACCGCCGACGUCAUCUCGCACACGGCGUUCGGCAGCAGCUACCGGCAGGGGAAGGAGGUGUUCCUGGCGCAGCGGGAGCUCCAGGUCAUCGCCUUCACCUCCAUCUACAACCCCUCGCGCGUCCCCGGGAUGCAGUACGCGCCGACCAAGUCCAACGUGCGCCGGUGGCAGCUCGAGAGGAAGGUGCGGGACACGCUCAUGGCCAUCAUCGACGAGCGCCUGGCCGCCUCCAAGGAGGCUGCGGCCACCGGCGGCUACGGCAGCGACCUGCUCGGCCUCAUGCUGGAGGCCAACGCCGGCGAGGACGGCAAGAGGGUCAUGACCAUGGACGAGAUCAUCGACGAGUGCAAGACCUUCUUCUUCGCCGGGCACGAGACCACCUCGCACCUCCUCACCUGGGCCAUGUUCCUCCUCGGCACCCACCCCGAGUGGCAGCAGCGGCUCAGGGAGGAGGUGCUCCGGGAGUGCGGCGGCGCCGAGGCGCCCAUCAGCGCCGACGCCCUCAGCAAGCUCAAGCUCGUGACGAUGGUGCUCUACGAGACGCUCCGGCUGUACGGCGCGGUGACGCUGACCGGGCGGCGGGCGACGGCGGACGCGGACCUCUGCGGCGUGAAGGUGCCCAAGGGCACCAUGGUGCUGAUCCCCUUCGCGAUCCUGCACCGCGACGAGGAGGUGUGGGGCGCCGACGCCGGCGAGUUCAACCCGCUCCGGUUCCGGGACGGCGUGGGCAGGGCGACCGCGCACCCGAACGCGCUGCUGUCCUUCUCCAUGGGCCCGCGGUCGUGCAUCGGGCAGGACUUCGCGAUGCUGGAGGCGAAGGCGACGCUGGCGCUGAUCCUGCGGCGGUUCGCCUUCGAGGUGGCGCCGGAGUACGUGCACGCGCCGGCCGACUUCCUGACGCUGCAGCCAUUGCAAGGGCUCCCCGUGGUGCUCAAGCUCCUGGAUCCAUAGGUGGAGGGGGGUCCUUCACGAGCUGGAGACUGUAACUAUUUCCUUCCAAUAAUUAUUCAUAAUAAAAAAAAAGUGGCUUCUAGAACGCGAGUAGUUUAAUUUUUGGAGUUUGGCCAUUCAUCUCUGUGAACUUUCAAUUCAAUGUAUCAGCAGUGUGACUAUUCUGAUGUGCAAAUAAUGGUCUAAUUGGCAA